ACAAAGAAUUCGAGGCUUUGGCUAACUAUUUGCUUACCUUACUUCAAAAUAUAAGUACACUCAAUUGACGUCAGGUUAUUUUUGAAAUAAUACUCGAAACCGGUAUUUAAACAAAAAAUAAACUAUCAGUGUGUUCAUAACUGCAGGUUUGCUAUGAAUCCGCCAUCUGAAAAGCAAAAGUAAAUCAGAUAACUUUAAAAAAUUAACUGUUCUUAAUUAUUUUUGUGUGUAUUUGUAGGGAUGAAGAUGGUCAAAUGCCGUUUUGGAAAAAACGCAGGAACCUGGUGGCGUUCCUGGCGUUUCUGGGAUUUUUCAACCUUUAUGCGCUCCGGGUGAACUUGACCGUAGGAAUCGUAGCUAUGACAUCGUCCAUAGACACCAGAGUGAGUUCAUAAAAAAACAAAAAAUCAAAUAUUCCUGCACCUGGGCACUUGGGCUCAUAUACUAUAAGAAAGAUUCAGAUUCAUUUAAAACAUUUAAUGCAUAUUAUUCUUUAUGUAGGUAUUAAUAACAAAUAUGGUAUAUACUGCAUAACGUACCCGUAGUAUAUACUUUUAAACUCAUACCUACGAUUUUAUGUUGUUUGAUUUCUAUUAGGCUAAGAAAAUUGGAAUUUUAUUGUUAUAAUACCAUGCAGGGACGUACGCAAAUUAAGAGUUUUGGGAGGUGUUUUUUAAAAUUAAUUAUUACAAAUUAUAAUAUAAUUAACAAUAAUUAACCAUUAAAAUAGAAUAAGUAAAUAACCAUACAAAAAAAAAAAAACAUUUCGGUGGGGGGAGGGGGUGUUUGAACACCCAAAACACCCUCCUGCGUACGUAACGAUACUAUGAGUUCUUGAUUAUUAAAUUAUUAUUAUCUUGACAAUUAUGAUAAGUAUGUGAGUAUUACAAAUAAGUAAAAUAUUUUUAUGAGACAUUUGAAACAAUUGUAAAUGUUCUAUGUUUCAGUAUUUAUUCUGUAAAAUUAUAAUUAUAAUUUAAGCACCAAUUUUAAAUUUCAAUUUAAGUUGUUAAUUAAAUAUUUAAAUAGGUAAAAUUACUUCUAUGGUCUACAUUUACAAUAUAAAUAUAAAUAAUUAUUGGUGAUAUAAUAGUAUAACCCACCGGAACACUUAAAGGUUUUUCAGUUAUGGCUAUGUUCAGUGGCGGAUUUAGGGUAAUAUGAUAAGGACGAUCACCUCCGCCCUAUCCACUCUUCAAUAUACUCUUAGCCCAAUUUUAUUCUUAGCUUGAUUCGUCAUUGAGUUGUCCUAAAAUAAGUGCUUUCUAUGAUUUUUUAAAUCGACAUCCCCUGUUAUCUUGUCCUAAAUCCAUCCCUGGCUAGGUUAAAGAUAAAUAGGUUAGAUUCUUCUUUAUGGAACUAGCAUGUUGUAUUAUAUAAAACUAAAAUAUUUUUUCUUGUACAAUAUUUUUUCUAGCCAGGAGAGUUCGACUGGGAUUCAAAACUCCGCGGUAUCGUUUUGAGCGCGUUCUCGUACGGGUACAUAACCACGCAAAUGGUCGGUGGCACACUCAGCACUAAGUUUGGCGGUGUUAAGCUGAUGGGCUGUGGCAUGUUAAUGACCGCGUGUUUCACGGUCCUCACCCCGUUCGCUGCCAGAUAUUCUGUUUAUCUAGUGAUCGUGUUUACAGUCGCCGUUGGGGUGUUUCAGGUUCGUCACAGUUAAGCCAGAGCCAUAGUAAAUAAAAUUUCGAUGGAGUAAUCAUUUUUAAUAUUAUUUAACUUUUUUUUAUAUGAUAAAUAAAAACAUCAAAAUUAUUUAAAUAACAAAUAAAUAAAAAUAUUUCGGGGGGCACUUGCUCCCAGUGCUCUCAUUUCCCACUGAAAUUUACCUACAGCACUGGCCAAUGCAGUGUAAUAUGAACAUAUUUCGCGUUUUUAAACUAAUAGUACAUUUUAAUAAUAAUGUGAAUGAACUAUACAACAAUAAAAUUGAGUAAAUAUUUAUUUAGAUUUUGAGAAAAAUAAAUUGGUUUCCCUAUACAGGGUAAACCAUAAAGAUAUACCAAUUGUCAUAUCUCCGGAAAUAAUAAAGUUCAACAAAUUCUAUUUAUUUUUAUAUAUAUAUAUAUGUAUACAUAUAUAUUACACACAGGGAUAAAGACUACAAAUAUUUAUAUUUCAAUUAAUUUUUUAUGUUUUGGUAAAAAACUAAAAAAGAUUUGAAGAUCGUCAUUUUAUAGCUUUUAUGCUUUAAAAAUUUUGACCUAUGAACUUUUUAUUUUCAUUAAAUUCGUGAUUUUUAAUAUUUUUUUAAAAUUUAGUAAAAAGUACUUAUAAUUAUACAACAGGCUGUAAUCGAGUUCGUUAAUUCAUUGUUAUUAUUAUGGCUAAUUGACUGUAAACUUCUUCUUCAAACUUUAAAUAAUUAUUAAAAAUCACGAAUUUAAUGAAAAUAUAAAGUUCAUACGUCGACGUUUUCAGAAGAAUAAACUAUAAAAUAGCUAUCUUCUAAAUUAUUUUUAUGUUUUUUAGGAAAUCAUAAAAAAUUAAUUGACAUAUAAUUAUUUAUAGUCUUUAUUCCUGUGAGUAAUAUAUAUAUAUAUAUAUAUAUAUAUAUAUGUAUAAAGAAUUUGACUAUCUUUAUUAUCUCCGGAAAUAUUACAAUGAGUAUAAUAUUUUAGUGGAACAUCCUGUUAAAUGUGUUCUUGAUCUUGGACUGAAAUUCAAAAAUAAUAAAAGCUACGAAAUUAAUUCUAAGUACCAUAAACAAAUAAUAUUAUAUAGUAUUUUCACAAUGAUUUUCACGACUUAGAAUCAUAUAUUUUGACACUAUUAUGAUUAUAAUUGCAUGUAGACAAUUUUGUUUAGUUAUGGUUACUAAGAAAGUAAUACAAAUUGCAAACAUAACGCUCAACAAUGAACAGAUUCAACAAGUGAACGAAUUCUGCUAUUUAGGAAGCCUGAUUACAAUAAAACUACAAGAAAUAACAAGACGAAUUAAACAUUAACAAAACAAGUUUACGUGAAAAAACGGACGCUUAUUCUCACAAAAUAUCUACAUCUGAGUAUCAUUUCAAAAAAAAAAUUCAUGAAAACUUACAUUUGAAGUACAGUACUUUACUAUAUGGUUGUGAAACGUUGGAUAGGUUUUACCUCUUACCAACUACUUAAAAGAACAGCUGCAUGUAACAGACAUGAAUGGUGACAAUGACAAGGCUUAGCCUUUAGAAGCUAAUGAGUUAAAUGUGUAUUGAAGGUGUAUUUUUUUUCCUUGUAGUAAUUGGAUAAACGAGAAAAUGUACACAAUAACGAUUUCUAUUAUUUUAGAUUUUGUGUUUUUGUUAUAAUUCUUGUAGUGAUUAGGUAAUUUAAUAAGGUGAAAAAACUCGACAGCAAAAAUUCCAAUUCAAUUGCUUUGAUAUAUUAUUAAUUUAUAGAAUAAAAUAGAAUAUUUACAUAAAUAGGGAAUCGUGUAUCCGAGCAUUCACGCCGUUUGGUCGAGAUGGGUACCACCCGCAGAACGCACAAAGUUAACGUCGAUCGCUUUUUCCGGUAAAUACGCAAGCAUGAUCGUUGGAUAUCCGGUUUGUGGAUGGUUGGCAGAAAAAUUCGGAUGGACAUACGUUUUUUAUGUUCCUGGUGAGACGGUUUCUCGAGUGACUUGUAUCCGAUUGUAGUUGUUAUUAUAAUAGCGUUCUGUCUAUACAGGUUCUGCGGCCAUAAUUUGGAGUAUCGUUUGGUUGACGUACGUCGGUGAGUCUCCUGCAGAAGACGCUUAUAUUUCCGAAGAAGAACGCGAACACAUUGCCAGUUCAAUAGGUCCAACGGGUACAGUAAAAAAAAGUACGGCCAUAUUUGAUUACAUGUGUUGAUAAGUAGUUACAUCUUAAGCGUCUCAUACACUAUAUAAUUAGUACGAUAGAUUGUGCAACUUUGUCUGAACGAUUAUUGUAAUGUGUACGGUAUAUAUUUUUAAAUUGUUUUACAACUUGUAGUGCGACGAUAUUGAGAUCGAGCGUGCAUAAUGUCGAUCGUUUAACGGGAGUUUAGAAAAUCAAAAAAUCACCUGUCUAAUGCACCAACUAGAUAAAAUUUCCUUUUAGAAUAUGUGCUACAUUUGAGAUCAGAGCAAGUUUUCUUUUCGAAAAAUUGUUUAUAGACCAAAAGAAAUAACUUCGCUCCGAAUCUAAAAAAGGACAUAUCAUAGUAAAACCUAUAGAUCCCAGCACCACUCAGAAUCUAAAGAAGUGUUUGCGUUCGCGGUUAUCACAACACCCCAACACCACUCACUGUCACAGCGAACGUGAUCAGUCAUGCGCAAAUACAAACUCGUUUUUUUAAAAUUUUGGAAUUUUCAAUUAGACUACUAUAAUAUAAGUUUAAACGUAAAAAUACUUUCAAGUACUCACCUGUUAUAGAUGAUAAUGGCACUAUACCGAGUGAUUCAUUUAAGUGAAUACACUGUUUACACACUCAUUAUCUCAGAAAGUAUUAACUGUUAUUGAAAUUUGUUUUCUAGAAAAUUUAAGAAAUAACCAGCUCUACAAUUUUAUAUUUAUGUUAUUUUUUGUCACACUUAUUUUUGGGGGUAAAACUAUUACUUAUUUUUGAAAAUCAAAAGUAAGUAGUAGUAUUGAAAUUGUAGAGAAACUUGUUUCUUAAUUUUUCUAGAAAACAAAUUCCGGAAAAAGUUAAAACUUUCCGAGAUAAUGAGUGUACCCACUUAAAUGAAUCACCUAGUAUAUUUUGAUGCAAAAACACCGUUGACUUUUGAUUCGAAUCUUGACGAACAUUACACUAUAAUAUUUGUGACAGCACUUUUUAUUUUAAUGUAUAGGUAAUAUUGACUCUAGAGAAAAAAGAAAAAAGAGCAGAGACAAAAGAAAAAGAACUCUGACACCAUAUGAAAAAGAAAUCGUGGCAAUUCUACACUGCCUUAGCCAAGAGCACUGAGUUCACGGUCCAUCACUGAAAUAUUUUAGUUUCUUAAGGCAACGAAAAAUGUAUUGGUUUGACUAUAGUGUAUUUUUGUUUGUUUUCGUUCUUGGAAAUGACUUUUCUACCAGAAAUUUUGCUCUAAUCAAAAAUGACGAGACCUUUCUUGAUAUAUUUUUGAUCCUGUUGGUGAAUAAGUAAGUCGUGUUUUGAUUUUUAACCGGUUUUCUUAAUAAUUGGGCAAAACCGGGAAAAAUGUAGAAAAAACGGGAAAGUUUAAUGGCUUACAACUAUCACAUAAUACAAUUCGUUCAUCUUGUCGUACGAUUGAUUUUAUUAUGUAUGUGACGCUUUUUGGUUAUUGCAGUAAGCACCUUCGUUUUUAUUUUUAUUUUUUAUUUUCAGUCGGUUUUUUAAAUUAUCCAUGGAAAUGUAUUUUUACGUCGGCACCGGUUUGGGCGAUAAAUUGUGCUCAUUUUUGUGACAAUUGGGCAGCCUACACGUUGUUAACGCAAUUACCGAUCUACAUGAACGGUAAUUACCGAUGCCUUAUGUCAUCCAGUUUCAAAGUAUCUAAACCCAGGAGAAAAUUAAAGUCCGAUGAAAAUAUAAAACAUCACAGCAUCAAAUUGUAUUAGUUAUAAUAAUCUAAUUUGCAUUAUUCUGUGUUUGUUUUGUGUUCUUGCAUUCACGAAUAGAUGAUUUAAAUUAUAGAUUUUCCAUUAUACAUGAAACGGGAUAGCGUUUAAUGACCCAUUUAUUUUUAUGAGAGAAUCGUGAAUAAGUAAAGCAAAACUUUUCAAGAGUAAUUCCAUAAACAAAUUCCCAAACUAUUUACUUAUUUACUGAUUUUUCAGUAUAUUAAUUUCGACGCUUCAAAAGUAUAUUCAAACUGCUAUAAAAUAUUUAAAUAUUAAGAGGACGUCACAGUACCUAAAAUUUUCUUAUUUAUUUAACGGGUAAUUUAUGCAAAAAUGUAUUUCCAUACUUCUAAUAGUACUCAGGAUUGAAUAAACCUAAAACAAAAAUUAAUUUACUAAAUUAAAUACUGCAACAUUUAAAAUGUUUUUAAAUGGUGACUUUUUGAUAUUUAUUUCCCAAAAAAUCAUACUACAAACUUAGAAAGAAAAAAAAAUCGUUUUUAUCUUAAUAGAAAAUCGUUGAAAAAAUAGAUAUAUCAAAAAAUUCCUCUGUGAAACAUAUUAAAUCUUUUCUUCUUUAAUUUAGUGAAAUAAUUUUUAUUUUAUGUCUAUUACAUCCUAGAUAUAUAUCCGAUAUAUAUGUACCCUAUAUCUAAUAGACUCUCAGAGUAUGUACUGUUGGAAUUUUGAACAUUUUUGAUAUAUUUCCCGUUAGAUAUACAGAAAUGACAAAACAUGUUGCUGUGACACACUCUUAAUAAUAAUAGAUACUUUAAAAUGAGACAUGCGUUCGUUCCACAGAUAUCCUGCACUUUGAUAUAGGGAAAGGAAGUUACCUUUUAGCGCUGCCGUAUACCACUUUGACUAUUAUCAUGCAAGCCACUGGAUUCCUUGACUUUUGGAUUAAACAAAGACAAAUGUUGACUACAACGCAAGUAUGCUUAAUAAAAUAUUUUUUGUGUAGGUAUGAGUAUAGUUCACAGUACAUUAAUUUCAUAUUUUUUAGAUAAGGAAGCUUUUCAAUAGUAUUGCUUUCCUGAGUAGAGCUGUUUUCUUGUACUUGGCUGCGUAUUCUACAACAAAAUUAGAGUCUAUAAUUUAUUUGACACUUGCAUUAGGUCUUGGAGGAUUCAUUUCAGCUGGAUUUAUGUAAACGCUAGUCCGAUGGUAAGGAUAUUUUUGUAAUUCUACUUUCAUUUUUAUUUUUUUUACAGCGUUAACCAUUUAGACAUAGCACCGCAGUACGCCAGUCUUUUAUUAGGACUCUCAAACACGUUUGGAACAGUACCCGGAUUUGUCUCGCCUACGUUGACUGGUAUGAUUGUUCAACACAAAGUAAAUAUUUCGAUCGCUCUCUAUUUAUCGAAAUCAUAUUUAAAAUAUUAUAAUUCUAGAGCACUGAAGAAUGGAAAAAGGUGUUUUUGAUCGCGAGUGUUGUACAGAUAUUCGGUGCGAUUUUCUAUGUCACGUUUGCAAGUGGUGAACAGCAAUUUUGGGCUAAUAUCGGAACCGAAUUCAAUAAAAGCCUUGAAAACCAAACCGAAAAAAAUAAAAGCUACCACGACAGCAAUAUUAAAGAAGGAAAAAGCUAUGAAAACAAAAUAUUCGAACAAUAAAUAAAAAAUACAAAAAAAGUUCACUAUCAUUUCAUGACUACGAAUUACAUAUUUUUUUGAUUCUAAGCAUAAUGUUGACUCAAUUGGUUUUACUAUGUUUUAUUUUUCUAUUUGUGAACAAUUUUUGAACGAGAAAUUUUUCUCUGUUUACAUUAACUGUAAGGGUCAAUUCUGUGGAAUAAUUUUACCAGUAGAUACAUUGUGGUUUUAUUUUAUUUGUCUUGUGUACUCUGCUUAAUAAUGGAG